AUGGCUCAGCCCUACCCCCCAGCCCAGUACCCCCCUCCACCACAGAAUGGCAUCCCCGCCGAGUAUGCCCCUCCCCCGCCGCACCCCACACAGGACUACUCGGGCCAGACCCCUGUGCCCCCAGAGCAUGGCAUGGCCCUGUACACACCAGCACAGAGCCACCCUGAGCAGCCGGGCACCGACGCCAGCACACAGUCCAUUGCCGGGACACAGACCGUGCCGCAGACAGACGAGGCGGCGCAGACGGACAGCCAGACGCUGCACCCCUCCGACCCCACAGAGAAGCAGCAGCCCAAGAGGCUACAUGUCUCCAACAUCCCUUUCCGGUUCAGGGACCCCGACCUGCGGCAAAUGUUCGGACAAUUCGGGAAGAUUUUAGACGUGGAGAUCAUUUUUAACGAGCGGGGCUCCAAGGGCUUUGGGUUUGUAACUUUUGAAACUAGCUCAGAUGCUGACCGAGCCCGGGAGAAGCUGAAUGGGACCAUCGUAGAGGGACGGAAAAUUGAGGUCAAUAACGCCACGGCCCGCGUCAUGACCAACAAGAAGACAGCAAACCCCUACACCAAUGGCUGGAAGUUAAACCCCGUGGUAGGCGCAGUCUACGGGCCGGAAUUCUAUGCAGUGACGGGAUUUCCCUACCCCACCACCGGCACAGCGGUUGCCUAUCGGGGCGCGCACCUACGGGGCCGGGGCCGGGCCGUGUAUAACACGUUUCGGGCUGCGCCGCCCCCACCCCCCAUCCCGACUUACGGAGCGGCACUGGAGCAAACGCUUGUUAAAAUGCCGGUCCCAUGGGCAGGGCUGGCCCCGUGCCCCCUCCCCCAGCAGACGCCAGAGCCGGCCUACCCCACCUCUCCAGCGUUCCCACCACUUUCUUGUCCGUUUGCUUCCAGGGUCGUGUAUCAGGAUGGAUUUUAUGGUGCUGAGAUUUAUGGAGGCUAUACAGCCUACAGAUAUGCUCAGCCAGCCGCAGCAGCAGCAGCCGCAUAUAGUGACAGUUACGGCAGAGUGUACGCCACCGCUGACCCCUACCAUCACACCGUCGGCCCCGCAGCCACCUACAGCAUCGGAACCAUGGCUAGUCUCUGCCGAGGAGGGUACAGCCGCUUCUCCCCCUACUAGCAAGAGACCCAGCCCCUAACAGCAUUCACACUGACUGCCUGUCACAAACAAACCCAAACACCAGGCUCGCCCACCAGGAGGACAGUGCGCCCCUCCG